AUGCAGGCCUAUCUGGUGGGCUACAUGCAGGCGUAUCCGGCGGGCUACAUGCAGGCGUAUCCGGCGGGCUACAUGCAGGCGUAUCCGGCGGGCUACAUGCAGGCCUAUCCGGUGGGCUACAUGCAGGCCUAUCCGGCGGGCUACAUGCAGGCCUAUCCGGCGGGCUACAUGCAGGCCUAUCCGGCGGGCUACAUGCAGGCCUAUCCGGCGGGCUACAUGCAGGCCUAUCCGGCGGGCCAUCCGGCGGGCUACAUGCAGGCCUAUCCGGCGGGCUACAUGCAGGCCUAUCCGGCGGGCUACAUGCAGGGCUAUCCGGCGGGCUACAUGCAGGCCCAUCCGGUGGGCUACAUGCAGGGCUAUCCGGUGGGCUACAUGCAGGCCUAUCCGGUGGGCUACAUGCAGGGCUAUCCGGUGGGCUACAUGCAGGCGUAUCCGGUGGGCUACAUGCAGGCCUAUCCGGCGGGCUACAUGCAGGCCUAUCCGGCGGGCUACAUGCAGGCCUAUCUGGCGGGCUACAUGCAGCAGGGGGCAGCAGAGGCCCUCACCAGCUGA